AUGGCUUGCGUUCAAUGGGUUUAUGCUAAUGGCAGCUGCUGGGUUGCGCUUGACAGAACUGCACAAAGUGACAUUGAAGCUUUAUGGUCGGUCAAUUCUUCUCACUGGAUUCGUUGCCCUUCUGUUUCUAAAAGUGCUGUAUAUGUGGAUGUGGAGAAAAUGGUGAUGCUCUGUAAUGGUUACCAGUACACAAUCGCUCGCCGUAUAGCUUAA